UCUGAGGGGGAGAGGGGGAUGACGACGUGUAUCUUAAUAACGGGGAGCGAAGACGGAUUGGGACUCUCAAACCACAAGAGAUUCAUUAUGAACCGUCGGACAUCAACGUGUAUCAUGCUAAACAUCUAACGGAAAGAGAUUGAAUGUGUUUGAUUCGGUCUUCAUGGCUCGUAAGACAUCGUCAAAAUCCACUUUAUCUAAGUUGGCACUGCUAAGGACAGUUGGCUAACUAGCUAGCAUUGUGGUUAGCAUUAUCUUUUUGCUCCAACGGAGGAAGGAAGGGGAACAGUUGACGCACUGCUCGGCUAGCGGGCUGUUAGCUAGUAACUUAGCUAACUUAGUUACGUUGUUUCUUUAUACCUGACUCACUCAGUUUGACAACUAUCUUCAAAGAAAAUAAUUGUGAAUGUAUGACUUUUUUUGUUGUUGUAUUUAGCUACUACUAGAGCUAUCAGCUAACAAACCAGCAAGAUUAUCAUAUUCAUAAACUGUUGCUUUGGGGUUUGAAGCAUUUGAAUCCAGACCCUGUUGGAAAGGCAGCAGCAGAUCAGCUGUGAUGGCUACAGAUAUGAUCGAGAGUGAGGUAGUGUUGAAGGCUGCGGGUGAUAACGAUAUGAGUCUGAACAAUAGCCCAGACCUAGACACACCCAGGAUUUAUGAGAGCCUGGGAGGAGAUAUCAGAGGCACUCCGAGCCCUUCGUCUUCGGCAGUGUCAGGAGGAGAAGAGGAAGAAGAUUUAGAAGACCUGCAAAACAGCAGAACAGAGCUUUCAUUUGAAAAUGGCGAAGAGGCCGCAGGAGCAGCGCUACAGAGGCCAACCCAAACAGGAGGUCCGCCGCAGGAAACGGUGACUCCAGACAAUGGAGAAAAACAGGAGGAAGGGAUGGAGGUGGUGCCAUGCUCCACUCCCGUCAGAAUGCCCCAGACAUACUCGACCUCUGGACAUAAUGGAAGUCUGGAGCGCCAGGAGUCUGUUGCGACCACCGAGGCUCGUCUCCGCAUGGAGGGGGUGGAACUUAAAGAGGAGUGGCAGGACGAGGACUUCCCCAGGCCCCUACCUGAGGAGGAAGAGGAGGACAUUCAGCUGGGUGAAGAUCUCUUCACUGGACCCUCUGGAGAAGGACAGUCUGCUUCUGCAGGGGGCUAUUCUGCUCUGAGUGGUGGUAAGAAGACUAAGAAGAAGCUGGCUGCCCCAGACAUCAGCCUGACUCUGGAUCGGAGUGAAGGAUCUCUGCUGUCUGAUGAGCUGGAGGAGGAGAGUACAGAGCUAGACCUGGAUGAUAUAGACACACCAUCUGACAACAGUAAUGAGUUUGAAUGGGAAGACGACCUGCCGAAGCCCAAGACCACGGAGGUUCUGCAGAAGGGGGUGGAGUCGGUCCAGGUGUACUCGGCCUCCGAGGAGCGGGAGGAGGGGCGGCGUUGGAGAGUGUUCCGUAUAGGAGACCAGGAACACAAAGUCGACAUGAAGGCAAUAGAACCCUACAAGAGGGUCAUCAACCACGGAGGUUACUAUGGAGAUGGCCUGAAUGCCAUCAUAGUGUUUGCCGUGUGUUACAUGCCUGAGAGCAACCAACCCAACUACCGCUACAUCAUGGACAACCUCUUCAAGUAUGUGAUCGGCACUUUGGAGCUCUUGGUAGCAGAGAACUAUAUGAUAGUGUAUCUGAACGGCGCCACGUCCAGGAAGAAGAUGCCCAGUGUGGGCUGGCUCAGGAAGUGCUAUCAGCAGAUCGACCGCAGGUUAAGGAAGAAUUUGAAGUCGUUGAUUAUUGUCCACCCCUCCUGGUUUAUCCGCACCCUCCUGGCCCUUACCAAACCCUUUAUAAGCUCAAAGUUCAGCCAGAAGAUCCAAUUUGUGUUCAACUUGACAGACCUUUCGGAACUGGUUCCUAUGGAAUACGUCUCUAUUCCAGACUGCAUUAAAGAGCUCGACCAGGAGAAACCCGUCAGAGUGGAGAUGGCAGCCAUGCCAGAGACAGAGUAAGACUACCUGGGCGGCUUGCUAGCUCUGCUCUGUCUGCCCUGCACAGCUCCAGACCGAUGACGAAUGUUCAGAACCACAGCUGAUCAGCCUUUACUGUUGAUAAUAGGUGUUGCAACUCGAGAGACUUAGAGAGCCCAGGUGCAGGAGAAGAUGAGUGCCUUUCUGAGACCAUUCUCCCUGUUACUUUGUUACAACCCUCUAACUCUCUUUUUGUCAUUGUUACGACCCUCUCUCUCCCUCUCUCAUUGUUGCGACCCUCUCUCUCCCUCUCUCAUUGUUGCGACCCUCUCUCUCUCUGGUCAAUCUCUCCACCGUGCUCUGUAACCUUUUAUGUAUCAAGCCAAACAUAGAAAUGUUGAUGUCAUAGUUACUUUUUGUAUCUGCAAUGUAUUUAAGGCACUCUGUUACUGAGGGUUGAUGCUUGUUCUUCAUUACAUUUAAAUAUAUAUUUAUAUUCAACAGGUGAGAAAGGACAAAGAUUAAUAUAUAUUUUUAUGUUGUUGUUUUUUUUGAUCCUUAUUUUAGGUCACAUGACCCCACAGAGUGAUGUUAAAUAGAGCAGGUUUCACAUGACCUGGAAACGGUUUACUGCUAAUGUCUUUGAAAGAAUCCUACAUGAAAAAGUUUCUGUCAUCUGUCUGGAAGGACCAGAUUCUGUCUGUUUGUAGCGACAACAAAGUAUACGUUGUGAAAACAGAGUACCUAAGAGAUAUUGGUUGAUGCUGGAAUGUCUUACUGUCAAUCAGGAUGUUGGUUUCUGUGUUUUUGGAGGGGACGUUCUUGUACAUUAUUUCUCUAAAGUAAAAUCCAAAUCCAAA